UAUAUGAUUCCAUUUAGUGACGCUUACAAAAAUAUAUCAGCGAUUAAAUGCCCGUUCAUGUUUCAUACAAGUGCUAUAUCAGCAAUGAGUGUCUGUAAUCGGUGUCCAAAUAAAUGAUACAUAGAAGAGUUUGUGCAAAUUAAUAGGUCGACUUAAUAAAUACGGCAACGUAUUGUUAAAUCUCAGGUCACACAAAUAUCAACGUGCCUCGGUAGCAUUGUUAAUUAACACUGUUCGUACAAUUGACAGUAGAAGACCAGCUGAUCGCCAGAAACGCAGAAGCAAAAGUUUCCUGACAAUGGAAGAAGCUGCCGUAAAAUUAAUAAUAAAAGCGCCAAAUCAGCAAAUUAAAGAUCAAGUUGUGGAAUGUGAUAUCGGAUGGACCAUUGGCCGAUUAAAAGAAUAUUUGUCGGAAGUUUAUCCUAGUAAACCAGAAAGAGCUAGUCAAAAACUUAUAUAUUCAGGACAACUAUUAAAUGAUUCCACGUGUUUGAAAGAUGUUUUGAGACAAUACGAUGGACAAGAAGAUCGAGCUUAUACGGUCCAUUUAGUUUGUGCUUCACAGAAAACAACUACAAAUAGAAUGACAUCUGAGCAAGACUCGGAACCUACAGAUCAUCAAAGAGUCACAUUGGCACAAAUAAGAUUAAUAAUUGGAAAUGAUGCACAAAAUCAGGGUCAAGAUAUUAAUAAUGCUGUCAUACAACAGUCUCCUACUCAGCUAUAUUCUACGCAACAAUAUUUUGAUCCACGAAAUAGUCAACAAAUUGCUUGGAUGCAACAAGCAUAUACACACUAUUUUACACAGUAUAUGCAACUAAUGGCAGCACAAGGAAUUCAAGUACGAACUAGCAUUCCAUAUGUUCAGCAAAUGAAUAUCAAUACAAAUGAUAGUGUUCAAAAUCUACAUAUGAAUACUACAAAUAAUAAUAAUAACAAUAAUAAUGUAGGUGAUGAGCAGCAACAACCUGCUGCUCAAGAUGCUGAUAUUAAUGGUGGAAACAAUGGUGCUGCAGAAGAUGGUGCAUUUGAUAGAGAUUGGCUAGAUUUCUUUUAUAUGCUAUCCAGAAUUAUUGUUCUCUUCAGUAUAGUAUAUUUUUAUUCGUCCCCACUAAGAUUUCUCAUUGUUAUAUUUCUUGGAUUUGUAAUGUAUCUAUAUCAGAUUGGUUUCUUCCGAGGUCAUCCUAUUCCAUUAUUUGAUAACGACCGAGUAGACAGAGUAGAUAAUAAUAAUCAAGCAUGGCAAAAUGAAGCUGUCGGCCCUCAACCUAUGCAGCAGCAACAAAAUGGUCAGUUACCAGCUGUACAAGCAGAGGCAAGAACAAACGCAAAUGAAGAACACGAAGAAGAAAGGCCUGGUGCACUAGCUUUCACUUGGACAUUCUUUAGCACAUUUUUUGCUUCACUUAUUCCAGACCAACCAAAUGUUAUCUAAUUUUAUCGAGUGUCAGUUCAUUGCACUCAGUCUUGUUUAAAAGUUAAUUUUCUUUCUUGUUAAAAAGUUUAAACCCGAUGAGGUGGUCUCUUUCGGCAUAUAAAUUGAUUAAUUAUUAGGAAGAAUCAAUCAUUCUAAAAAUAACUUCUGCAAAACAUUGUUUUGUAGAAGUUUGAUGGACUUUCAAGUAUAUGAAUCUUGUAUACACUAAUACGUAUAAUAUAGGUACAUACAUAUAUUAAAUACAUAUAUAUGCAUAAAGUAAAUAACAUUUUUAUAAACAUUUCCAUUAAUAUUUGUAAAUUUUUUAAUAUUACUUUAUUCAUUCAUAGAGACUUCCUCGGGGUUCGUAAACAUAUUACACUUGCAAUCAAUGAUUAUUCCAUUGAAGGUGAUUGUUAGCUUCAAUUUUACAAGGGAUUAUUAAAAAUCAUCCCACAAUGUUUAGAAUUUGUUGAUAAUAAACUUUCUGUUUUUGUAGUUAUAAAAAAAAUACAAUAAGAAAAAUA